UAUGACGAGGAUCUGGAGCGAUGGAUGAGGCAGGAUCUCGACAAGCAGCGGCGGGAGAAGGAAAGGGAGAAGGAGCGGAGCAAGCUCGUCCAGGAGGAAGUUUCGCGGAUACAAGACCGUGUGCGGCAGCGGAGGGACAACGAGCGGCAGCGUUUCGCGGAGGAACGGAAGCGGGACGUAGAACUUGCGAAAGCAAAGACCCAAGCAAAGAAGGCAGAGACGGACAGAGCGAUCUCAAAGGCGUGGAUCGAGUACGAGGCGCGGUGGGCCACGUUCAUGACUCUCAAGAACGAGCCGGUAUCAUUCUCGACUAUCCCUUGGCCUCUGCUGAUCCCUCCAACUUGCACGGAUGAUAUCUCGCCAGACGAUAUCGAUGCCUUCGUCCUUUCCUCAUCCCACUCGCAAGAGCAGACGCGGAAAGACAGGCUUCGAUCCGCCCUUCUUCAAUGGCACCCAGAUCGCUUUCGGCGAAUCCUCUCUCGUGUGCCUGUUCAAGAGAGAGACGAUGUUAUGGAGGGCGUAGGUAUAGUUGUGAGAUGCCUGAAUGCUCUCAUGGCAAGGGAG